UUGAGAGAGCAAGAGAAGAGACACAGUCACAGCAGCUUCUGUAGGCCCCUACUUGAACAUGGCAACUCAUAAAUUUUCAAACUUCUCUAUUGAUUACAUCUUGGGAGAUGGCAGCAAACAAACAGCAGAAUCACCUGGACUGGAUUAUUCCGCAUCUUCUCAGGAUUUCCCAGGGCACUUGACCAAACUGGACCUGCUCUACCAGGAUGGAUCUAGAAGUCAUGGUGACCAUGCAGCCCUGAUGAUGAACGUUCCAUCUCCAUCAUGGAAUGCAGGAAUGUACAGCUGCUGUGUUCCAGUCUCCUAUUAUCAACCGCCUUUUAAUUCACAUCACUAUGCAGCUCAACCGUGGCCUUUUGCAGUAUCAGGCUGUGAUACAGCUGAGAAUCACUGCCAUCAAACUGUAGCUCAGAGACAGCGCAGUCGAAUCCGAACGGUUUUCACCGAGAACCAGGCGGAGACGCUCGAGCGGCUCUUCGCAAUCACCGACUAUCCGAGCGCCGAAACCCGGGCGGAGCUAGCCAAAAACACCGGCCUCAGUGAGGAAACUGUGCGGGUCUGGUUCAAGAAUCGACGUGCACGUAGAAAGAGACAGACAACCUGCCCAGACAAAUGCACGAGGAGCGCUCCAGAGGAUCAUCCUGAAUCAGAUUAAUUUAUGACUGAAUUAGCUAUAUCAACACAGACUCAAUGGCC